AUGGCAGAGAGCACCACGGUGUCAGCGGCUCAGCCCAAUAUACCGCAACCCGGUGAUGGAGCCUAUCUGGCUUCUCGCAUUCCUCAACCCGGCGACGGCGCGUAUCUCGCAGCCCAGUCGCAGCGCAACUCUGGCGGUCCCUCUCGCCCCCGCGGCCAACCUGGCCGCUCGAAUGGUCCCCGCAAGCGCAACGGUAACGGUCCUCGCAACGGGAACGGUACCGUUAAUGGUAACAACGCCGAUGUUGCCAACGGCGCCUCGGACGCCGCAGCACAGCUCGCCACCCUCUCCAUUGAAGAGGUGACCCCGGCCAACCGCCGGAGCGGCAGCAGUGCCCGUAAUGGCCGCCGGCUCCCUACGGCUGGCCUUGGUGACUCGUUCGUGCCCAUUUCCGAGUCAGAUGGCACGGACAAGAAGUCCAACAACCGCCGCGCGGCCAACAACCAGCGGCGUCGCGCUCGCGCCGCCCAAGGCGCGGCUGAGAACGAUGAGGAGGCACGCGCCCUCGGUUUGGGCCGCGUCGACCUCGAUGUCUCUCCCAUGCCCAGCGGUGUCUCGACACCGCUCAAUCCAGGUGCAGCACACUUUACUCCCAACGGGUCCGCCGUUCCCAGUCCGUCUGCGUCGAGCGGAGGCGAGGGUAAUGAGGCGACCCCACCUGCUAGCGAGUCUGGCUAUGGCAAGAAGGGUCGUAAUGCCCGCGAGCCCCAGCCUCGUCGUGAACAGCGGGCGAAGAAGGAGGCGCCACCCAAGCCGGUGUCGAGCCGCCGUGCGGCAUUUGAGCGUGGUUCCAAGCUCACGACGGCGGACGACAAGCCUGCUGCCAAUGCUCAUCACGACCGCCAUGACCACGACCACCAGCACAACUCCAACCAGCCUGACGACCUCAACUCGCGUCUCACCCGUGGGCUCCGUGGCAAGCCGUUCAUCGAGUGUCCAAUCUGUUUUGCCCCGAUUUACGCCCAGCAGCAGACCUGGUCGUGUCUCCCUCCUCACUCUGGACCAGUGUUCCCCGCUGGUAUGCCUGAGAAUGAGCGUGUGGCGUUCACGUCAUCGCACUACACGGCGUGCUACACUCCUUUCCACAUUCAGUGUAUCCGUGACUGGUCGUCGCGCAGUCUCAAGGACGAGACCGAGCGCCUGCGUACCAUCGAGUCGGCCGACGAGCCCUAUUGGCGCUGCCCUGGAUGCCAGAAGCGAAGGACCAGCAAGGUCAGCGAGUACCGUGCGCCACCGCUAGCACCAACGAUGCCGCUCUCACUCCCGUCUGUGACGAGCCGUGUCCUGGUAAGCGUGCUUGCGGCAAGCACGACUGCGAUCGCCUUUGUCACUUUGGCCCGUGUGCCCCUUGCGAAGAGGUCGAGACGGUUCGCUGCUAUUGCGGCGACGAGGAGAAGGCCGUUCCUUGCGGAUGGCAACAACAUGCCAAGAAGCAGUGCGCGACUGCUGACGAGCAGUGGAUUGGACGGUUUGCCUGCGAGCGCAUCUGCAGCAAGCCGUACGAAUGCGGUGUCCACCACUGCAAGGACAAGUGCCACCCCCACAGCGUUUCGCCUCUCGCAUGCCCGACUUCGCCAAGUGUUAUCAGCACUUGCCCAUGCGGUGCGACGCCGCUCAAGAACCUCCCUGGUUAUCCCCGUGUCGACUGUCUCGCUCCGAUCCCGACCUGCGGCUCGCCGUGUCCUAAAACUCGCCCUUGUGGCCACCCGUGCCCUCUCAAGUGUCACGACGGCUCGUGCCCCCCUUGUCACCAGCACAUCACCCGUCCAUGCCGCUGCGGCGAGAGCACCCUUCUUCUCGAAUGCGACGAGGUGCGCGAGCGCAGCGAGCGUGGCGAGUCCGAGUUCCUCUGUGAGCGCGUGUGCAAGGCACUCCGCAACUGUGGUCGUCACGAGUGUGGACGCGUCUGCUGCCCACUCUCAUACAAGGCCAAGCGUAAGGGACGUCGUGGUGUUGUCGACCUCGACUUUGGCACCGACGACCUUCACGUCUGCAGCCUUACUUGCGGCAAGCUCCUCAGCUGUGGCCUCCACACCUGUCCUCGCCCCGACCACAAGGGCGCAUGCGGCCGCUGCCUGCAAGCCUCGUACGAGGAGCUCAUUUGCAACUGCGGCAACACCGUGGUCUAUCCACCCGUGGCGUGUGGAGCGACCGUCCACUGUCUGUUCCCAUGCGCGCGUCCCGACCCGCCAUGUGGCCAUCCCAAGACGGCGCACAACUGCCACGAGUCGCCCGAGUGCCCCGCAUGCCCCUUCCUCACCACCAAGCCAUGUGCAUGUGGCAAGGACCCGGCAGUCAAGAACGUCCGCUGCUCGCAGUCUCAGGACCGUGUGA